AUGGGGGUGCCUUCCUUCUACAAGUGGCUCGUGGGCAAGUACCCCAACAUCGUCGUCCCCGCCAAGGAAGAAGACGAAGCUGGCGCCGGCACGUCGUCGCCGUCGUCGCGGGGGGACGAACAAGCCGCCGGACCCAAUGGCGUCUACCACAACCUGUACCUGGACAUGAACGGCAUCAUCCACCCCUGCUUCCACCCGGAGGACCAGGUGUGCCCGCCGACGACGUUCGACGAGGUGUUUGCGGCCAUGUUCGAGUACAUUGACCGCCUCUUCCGCAUGGUCAGGCCUACCAAGCUGCUCUACUUGGCAGUAGAUGGUGUUGCUCCCCGCGCCAAAAUGAACCAGCAGAGGUCCAGGCGCUUCAAGGCUGCCAAGGACGCUAAAGAUGCAGAACUGGAGGAGAAGCUUCUGAGAGAGAAGUUCAGAGCUGAAGGGCGGGAGGUGCAGCCGCAGGAGACAAAUGAGGUUUCGGAUCCCAACGUCAUCACGCCAGGGACGGAGUUCAUGGAGAAGCUCUCCAAAGGCCUCGAGUACUACAUCCGGUCCCGGUUGAAUAGUGACCCCGGGUGGAAAGGCAUCAAGGUAAUACUCUCUGAUUCAAAUGUACCUGGAGAAGGUGAACACAAGAUAAUGUCUUUCAUCCGGGGACAACGGAGCCUAGAGAACUAUGAUCCAAACACAAGGCACUGCUUGUAUGGACUGGAUGCGGACCUAAUAAUGCUCGCUUUGGCAUCUCAUGAACUUCACUUUUCGAUUUUGCGUGAGGAUGUGUUACCUCAUAAUCUGCCAGAAAAUUGCAUCCCUCUAUCUAAAGAACUGUUCAAAACUGAAGAUUUCUCGAGAAAGUGUAGAGGAUGGUUCCCCAAAGUAACAGAAAUAGCUCAUAGGCACAGGUCUCCCAAGAAACCUUAUCAGUUUUUGAACAUAUGGGUUCUGAGGGAGUAUCUAGAGCUUGAUUUGAAGAUACCAAACCCGGUUGUCAAAAUGGAUAUCGAAAGGCUCAUAGAUGACUUCAUAUUUAUUUGUUUCCUGAUAGGAAAUGACUUCAUUCCACAUAUUCCUUCAGUUGAGAUGCAUGAGGGUGCAAUUGAUCUGCUAUUGGAAGUGUACAAACAAGCAUUUAACAAAAUGGGAGGCUAUAUUGUGAGCACCGAGAAGUUAAAAGACAAACAUGCUGCAUACCUUGAAGUUUCGAGGUUGGAAAAGUUUUUUCAUGAACUGUCCUUGUGUGAAGAGAAAAUUUUUCUUAAAAGAUAUGAACUGCGAGAGAGGUCACAGCGCAAAUUCGUGCACCAAGCUGCUGAAGAAUGGAAAGAAAGAAACUAUGACAAUAUGGAAGAAAAUCCUGAUGGUCCAGAUUUGACAGUAAAGUCUUUUUCAACAAACUGCAGUAUUUCCACCUACAGCCAAGACGAGUCAGAUGUAAUUGUAAAUACCUUAGAGCUGAGGCGAAACUUAAAGGAUACUCUUCGUAACAAGCAAGACCUUAUAAAAAGUGGAGCCUAUAAACAUGACGCGGUAAGAUUGGGAUUGUCGGGAUGGAAGUCUCGAUUCUACAGGGAAAAGUUUGGUGUGGAAAAAUCUAAUGAAGUUGGGAAGCUGAAGAAUGACAUGGUUCAAAAGUAUCUGGAAGGACUUUGUUGGGUGCUGCAGUACUAUUUUGCAGAUGUGCCAUCGUGGAGCUGGUACUAUCCCUUCUAUUAUGCUCCUUUUGCAUCUGAUUUUGAAGGGCUAUCUCAGUUCAAGAUAUCUUUCACCAUUGAUAAGCCACUAAGUCCAUUCGAUCAGCUCAUGGCAGUUCUUCCAAAAGAAAGCUCAUGUGCACUACCAAAGUGUUACAGAGAACUGAUGGAAAAUGAAGAGUCUUUAAUACAUAAAUUCUAUCCGUCAGAUGUACAGAUUGAUACCCAUGGGAAACGUUUCUUGUGGCAAGGUAUUGCAAUGUUGCCAUUCAUUGAUGAAAAGCUGCUGAUUCUGGCUACCAAGACGGUGGAGGACAAACUUGCAGUACAUGAGAUAAAUAGGAACACAGUUCGGCAGGAGAAGAUCUUCCUGAGGAACUCAAAUACUCUACCAACUGGUGCAGCAUUUGCGAAGACAUCUGACUGUUUGUCAAAAAAGCUUCCGACAGAUCAAUCUACCAGUGAACUUGGAGGGUGGUUGUCGCCUGUCAACGACGAUAGUAUAAGCUGUGGUUUCUUCCGUUCACCGAUAAGAGAUCUACAGGACAUUAGGAAUGACCAGACAAUAUCAUUCUUGUUCUUCAACCCAGAACCAGUGCAAAUCAUUCCAAGGCUACUUGAUAAUGUCAAAAAACCUGAAAAGACUAUAACUGAAACUGAGAUUCCAAAGAGGCCGCUGUGGCACACCUAUCCUGGUAGCCGACCACCGCCUGAAACCAUCCCAACCGUGGCAGAGCCGCAGCCGAUGAUCAGCGGCUUUGGACGUGGGAGAGGGAGAGCCAUCACUGCCGAGACAGCGCUAGGCAGCGGCCGCGGCUACGGGAGAGGUUUCCAUGGGGCUGACAUGGCGCAAAGCCGAGGCAGCAGGAAUGACAGAGGUGGUGCCUACACUUACCAGCCGGACGGAAGCGCUUGUGCAGGAAGAGGGCAGUACGGCCCCAAGUUCCACAGGCAGCAGACGGCUUGGCGCCCAGUUGGAAAUUCAGGCGGCCGUGGUGGGAGCGAGCAGCGCCGUGGUUGGUAG